AUGGGCUCACGAUCGCGCACACCCAAGGAGAAAGAGGAGAUUAGCGCUGCCAUCAGUCGUUUUGACCUAUUUUCAUCAACCCCGUCCAUGGCACGCCUCGCGGCCCUCACGAGCCCGUGCUACUUUCAUAAGAGAUUUGGAGAUGCGAUAGAUAUAGAAAAAGUGCUCGACGAAAUCAGGCAGGAUGUGCAACUCAGUCACAGCAGGUUGAUGCAGACCGCUGCCAGUGUGCGUGAAGUUAGUCGGCAACUCCAGCGGAGACCUUUGAAGCGAGCGGUCAAGAACAUCAUGAUCGUCACCAAGGCGAGGGACAAUGAGCUGGUCACGUUGACAAGAGAGUUGGCGCAAUGGCUGUUGGCGACGCCAAGGAAUGGCAAAGACACUGGCGUCAAUGUCUGGGUGGACGCGAAGUUGAAAAGAAGCAGGCGUUUUGAUGUCGAGGGCUUAUUGCAGCAGGACCCGGGGUUUGAGGCGAUGCUCAGUUACUGGACACCCGAUCUGUGCCUGGAACGACCGGAGCUCUUCGAUUUGGUCAUUACGCUUGGAGGAGAUGGCACCGUCUUGUACACUUCUUGGCUCUUCCAACGCAUCGUCCCUCCCGUUUUGGCCUUCUCGCUUGGCUCGCUGGGUUUCCUCACGAACUUCGAUUAUCAAAGCUACAAACCCCAGCUCAACCACAUCAUGGGCGAUGCGGGCAUGCGCGUUAACAUGCGCAUGCGCUUCACGUGUACCGUCUAUCGAUCCGCGGCAUCAUACACUUCUCACCCAUCCACGGCCGCUCAGAGUUUCGGCACCCAUUCAAAAAUCGAAGGAGAAACGCACGAAAUCUUGAAUGAGCUUGUGAUUGACCGCGGCCCGAGCUCCUACAUCUCCUCUCUCGACCUCUACGCAAACGACAGUCUCCUCACCCGCAUCUCCGCGGACGGCAUCAUCCUCUCGACCCCAACAGGCUCCACGGCAUACUCCCUCUCCGCCGGCGGCUCACUAGUCCAUCCCGACAUCCCCGCCAUCCUCCUCACUCCAAUCUGCCCGCACACAUUAUCCUUCCGCCCCAUGCUGCUCAACGAUGACAUGGCGCUCAAAGUCGCCAUCCCCUCCAACGGCCGCGGCGGCGCCUUCGUCUCCUUCGACGGCAAAGGCCGCGUCCAACUCGGCCGCGGCGACGAAGUGGUCGUCCGCGCUUCGCAGUACCCCUUUCCGACCGUCAUGGGCCAGCCGAUGGAGUGGUUCGAUAGCAUCUCCCGCACCCUGCGCUGGAACACGCGCGCCGCGGAGCAGAAGCAGUGGGAGGGAGGGGAGGGCGGGGAGUUUUUGGAGGAUGGUCAGCACAGCACGAAGAGGGCCGAGCCAGACUUUGAUAUUGAUUUUGACGAGGAGCUGGAUGAUGUGAGUGGGUUGGAUAGUGGGUAUGGGGGGUCGGGGAGUGCGCAUUCGGAGGUUGGGGCAAGGGUGCAGGAUGUGAGGAAGGGGGCUUGGAGUUUGGAGUUGGGCGGAUGA